GUCGAUUCCUCCAACGUCGUAUCCGUUGCUUACUGGCUUGUUAUCGAUUCGAAAGGCCCCCAAGUGGUCUAUGAAGAGUCGAGGUCCGUCGUCUCUGAUGAAUUCUGAGGCCGUCAAGGUGCCAGGUCCUGGUGCAUAUGCGAGUGAUAACGCGACCGUUGAUGCCAGCAAAUACCCCACAUCACCACGAUUCGCUUUCGGUACGGCUCCUCGGGAUCAGGUGACCUGCAAGAAAUUGGGCACUACCAUACCUGGUCCGGGAGCCUACACUCCCAGAGACGUUGAGCUACCAUCGGCUACACGAUGUGCAUUUGGUCGGUCGAAUCGGACAUCUAUCGCUGAUAAGACGAAUGAUUCCCCCGGGCCAGGAUCGUACAGUCUGAGUCGCUCCCUAGGAGGACCGAGCUACUCCACUGGAUCUAGACGGGAUGGUCCCCGGUCCACUCGGCCAAGGGAGCCGGGGCCUGGCCAAUACGCGUCUCCGACAGCCUCAGCUGUAUCCGGCCAUGAGGCUGCACCGAGCUGGGGAUUUGGCACUUCACAGAGGCCUCCUAUUGGUUCCUCGGGGUUUACAUCCGCCCGUCGUACUGAGGCAGACUCAUCACGAGGGCCAGGUCCGGGUACAUAUGAGGCGGGCAGCUGUAUCGGACCUAAGACAAGUUCGAGUGCACCACGGUUCACCAUGCGGCAACGACGGAGGUCAUCGAAAAAAAGAUCCUAGCCCGGGCCCUGGAGCUCAUGGGGGUGCUUACACCCAGUUUGGAUACUGAUUGUUAUGGAGUUCUUCUUGUUGUUGUUUCAUGAGAGUAUAUUUAGGUGGUGUAAUUAUGAUGAUCGUCAUGAUGGU